AUGAUUGCAUCCCUUCAUUAUCAUCACCCAGAAGUGUUGUCCAUUCCAUAUAUCCCUUCAUCCACGAGAAGAGAGGAAAAUGAACUAUUACUUCUGAAAGAGAAUCUUCCGUUCGUGUCCAUUCUUCUUUCAUUUCACAAGUGGUUGCUAUCAAAGGUGAGAAGAGAGUUCUUUGUGUUUUACUUACACUGCAAGAACGAUUUUAAUAUUACGAUAUAUCCUUCGGUUGCAUUUGCAUUGUCGUGUCGUGUGAGUGCUUUGAUUUCAAUGUAUUUGAGUCCAGAGAGAGGUUCAUUCGAAGGGUUUGCGUCCUUGUCUCAUAGUUUACUAUUUUUGGCAAUGAACUUUUUAUCCCUAAUUGGAUUUUUAAUUUUUGCCGUGUUCUUUGUCUAUCCAUUUACCAUGUCCAAUCAAAUGGAUGGAGUCGAGGAAGAUCGACUCAAUGAGAAAACUUAUCGACCUCUCGUCUCUGGUGAGACUUCUUUAGAAGAAACCAAAAUUCGAUGGGCGUUUGCAUGCACCAUUUACUUGGCCAUGAGUGCAUCUCACCAUCUCUUUUGGUAUGGUCUGGUGUGGACUCUUGCGUAUGUUCUUCAUAAUCAUUGUGGAUUUGCCAAGAAUUGGUUUUUCAAGAAUUUGUCAAACACCAUCGGUGUUGUCUGCAUGAUUAUUCCUUAUUGGCAUAUUUUGAAUGGAUUUCAUGACAACGACCACACCGUAAAGAUGAUGGUCUAUAUUAUUGCGUUGACCUUCCUAAUGACCAUCGAUGCUCAAGAUUUUCGAGACUUGGAAGGAGAUGCCAUGUCUGGUCGAGUGACACUUCCAAUUUUGUUAGGUUCCUAUUCAAGAGUAGUCUUUUUAGCUAAAAGUAUUGCAGCAGGAGUGUUUUACUUUGUUGCCAUGUUGAAACUUUGUCAAUGGUAUUCUGUGAGAUUUGAAUAUGAAUGGAUUUUUAGAGUGUACUGUUUAAUCACACCACUGCAGUUCAUUGGCAUGUCCAUUGGUUUCAUGAUGAAUGGCAAUUUGACAAGUGACUCUGAAAAGAAGAGAUAUUACGACGAUCGUAUUUACAAACUCUUGUUUACUUCGUGGUAUGGAAUUCAAUUACUUGGCCUUCCAAUCAUGCACGCGUUGGUGUUCCAAUAA